AUGGCGUCGAUGCUUCGGCGCGCCGGGUACUUCAGGUGGACAGCAUGGUCGAUCGUCAUUGUGCUUCUAGCAUUGAAUGUGCAGCAGGCUGCAGCAGACAACAUCAGAUGGAUAGAGUAUACAGGUAACGACGGCACUGUCUACCUCAACGACGACCGACGACCGUCCCUGUACACUCAGGAUUAUGGAGAUUGCCAGGGCGACUCACUCAUCAAUGUCACCCGUUUCGAUGCCGCCUACUACAAGGACAACAUGACCGUUCUCUUCCAUCUGGAGGGAACUUCUGCGUUGACAAACGAGAGUCUCAUGAUGUAUAUCGGCGUUUUCGCUUAUGGACAGUCCCGUUUUAAUCUGACGUUCAAUCCAUGCAACGCCAAUAUCAACAGUCUUUGUCCUCUCAACUCGUCCAUACCCAUCAACGCAAAUGGCAUCAUCCCCGUGGCGCCGUCGGACGUGGCUAAUAUCCCCUCCAUUGCCUUGACCAUUCCGGACUUCGAAGGACAGGCCAUACUUCGAAUCUUUGCCAACUCGACCGAAUCUCAAAUUGCUUGCUUCUCUGCGGUCGUGACCAAUGGAGCCUCGUUCUCGCAUCCGUCUGCCGUGGCCUCUGUGCUCGGCGCCUUUGCCGUCGUCGCCUUGAUAUCUUCGGCAGCCACGGCCAUGUAUGGACACGAUGUUUUCGAGACCCGAAAGCAUUAUGCCCACUCGGUCUCUGUUUUCGUGGUGUUCUCCGUCUACCAGCACAUCUUCUUUACUGGAGGGCUAUCUAUGAACUGGCCAAGUGUUCUGGUCUCUUUCUGGAGUAAUUAUGCGUGGUCUGCCGGGAUAAUCUACAGCCAGAAGAUGCAGAAUUCGAUCAACAAGUUCAUUGGUAACAACCACGGCAAUAUCAGCACGGUCGGCGCCGCUCCUAACGGCGAAAAUGCUUCCGGGCUCGGGGGUGGCUAUGAAAUUUCACAGAUCUACAAGCGAGCAGUUCCGACGCCGUUUGCGUCACUCCAAGGGGAUCCCUUUGACAUGGGUCACCUGCUCAAGAGACAAGGUACGAACACCACGAACGGUACUCAGCAGUUCUCGUGGUACGGAAGGCCGGUGCUACCAGGAUUGCCACUCCCUGGGAACUAUUCUGGCUUUGCUGGAACCUUGGCCGAGCUUAACAUACCCGCGUCCAACGCAUUUCUAACGGGCCUUCUAUGGUUCCUCAUCCUGAUAGCCUGCCUUUUGGCCGCUGUGUUCCUGCUUAAAUGGACUAUCGAAGGCUUGGCCGCCGCGCGACUAGUCAAGACAACUCGGCUUGGGUAUUUCCGGAAGCAUUGGCUAUGGUUCAUGGCUGUGGCCGUCUUGCGGACAUGCUACAUUGCCUUCUUCAUGAUGAUGUUCUUGACCAUGUUCCAGUUCACGCUGGGGGGCGCCCACGGCGUCAAGUCCAUUGCAGCAGUGAUGUUAACACUUUUCCUGGUCGGAAAUCUAGGCAUUUCCGGAUACGCCCUCUGGUACAGGAAAAAGUCUGAGGUCUUGCCAGAGUUACAGGAGCAGGCAAGCCACGAAUCUCGUGGCAGCGAAAAUCUUGGAAAGUCUGCUUGGUAUAAGAUCAGCUUUAAGAAAGCGCCAGAAACCCAGGACGCAGAAGGCCAGGCCUCCCGACCGAAAACGUGGCUCCAGAGGCACCUUUCGGGUUCGAACACUGGCAGAGUUCAUGUUCAUGACGAUGAAAACUACAUCACCAGAUUCGGUUGGCUGGCAUCCAGAUUCCGCCGGAGCAGGUGGUGGUUUUUCUUCGUCUGGUUGAUCUAUGAACUUGUAAGGGCAGCAUUUUACGGCGGUGCCGCAGGCCAUGCCUUGACCCAGGUCUUCGGUCUACUGGCUUGGGAGAUUAUUGCUCUGGUCGCAAUUGUCCUGCUGAGGCCAUUCGAAAGCAACCGGCUCAACUUGAUCAUGGUAUACCUCCUAGGCUUCAGCAAAGUGGCGACGGUGGCCUUGUCAUCAGCCUUUGACGCUCGAUUCGGGCUGGAUCGGAUCAUGACUACAGUGAUUGGAGUGGUCAUCAUCGUCAUCCAGGGGAUUUUGACCAUUUGUCUGAUGAUCGCGAUCGUCCUUGGAGCCAUUUCCAGCUACAUGUCCAUCACGCGGUACCGAGAGACCAUCAAACCCAAAUCAUGGCUGAAACCUCGAACGCGAUAUUUCGCACAUGUCGACCGUAAGGCAACUGACCGACCGAAACCACCUCCGCCACCACCGCCGCCAGAGCCUGAACGUCCGAAAGAACCCUACUUUAUGGUGUCGAGCGUCCGGCGACAGCCUAAAAUUGAGGACGAAGAUCCAGACAACCAAAUGGCCGAGCUGUACAUGUCACCACGCGCUUCCAUGGACCCGGAGAAGGAAGCAAGUCAUCAAGUGAGCGUGUCUCGGUCACAAUCCACGCGGUCUCGAACUAGUGUAUCGAACCUGCCGUAUGGAGCAAGGGCCCAUCGUGUGAGCUGGAGUACGAAAGACUUCCAAGACAUGGGCCUUGAGCAAGACAUCAACCCCAUACAUACCCGUAUGAGUGUAGAGAGCAUUCGCGACGUUCCCAGCAGACACCGAGCGGCAAGUCUACGGGCAGCAUCACGAGCUGACACACCCAUUGGGGAGAUGACCGAUUCAACCACCGCCCCAGACGCUCUGGCCCAUCGUCGAAGUCACCGACGCAGCUUGUCGACACCACUGGGGUCAAAACGGAACAACACCACGGUUGACGAAGAAAAGGAGAACCACCUAGACACCGUUCACCAAUAA